UUGCUUUUGUGAGGGGUGGGGGAAAUCCACAAAUGUACAAGGAUCCGGGGAAAUUAUGCAAGAGAAUGUUAGGGAUCAAUCGAAGGCGGCUUCGCUUGCACAAUGGGUACACACUAUGACCAAAGGGUGGGGGUUUUCCUUUUCCCGCCCUCCCCAGGCACUGUGAUUGGCGGAUGGUUGCAUUUACCGCUAGGCUUCUACAAUGUCCUCUUGCCGGUGGUGUUAGCAGAUGAUCUGAAGCUAGCGAGUGAGGCCGGGAAAUUGGUAUAUUGUAUUAACAGCCCUUCUGAAAUUCUGCUUGAUAUUUGAUAUUGGUACUUGAUCUGCCUGGAGAAGAAGGAGGAAGUUGGCUUACUCGUCUCACAAGUGACGGAGUGAAAAGAUGGACAAGAUAACACAGAUUUUACUGGCUUUGCUUAGUCUGAGCUUGACCUUGGAACUAGGCAGCACCCACAAGCGGUGGAGUGUGUUCCGAAGCAUGUUUAAAAGAAUAAAGUAUGGCGUGCCUUCAGGAGGAGAUCCUGGACAACCGCUGUUUCUAACACCUUAUAUCGAAAGUGGCAGAACUGAGGAAGGAAGGCUUUUAAGUCUGGUGGGCGCUCUCCCAGGAGCUAAUGUGAAGAGCUAUUCAGGCUAUCUGACAGUCAACAAGACUCACAACAGCAAUCUUUUCUUCUGGUUCUUCCCUGCUCAGGUACAGCCAGAGGAUGCUGCUGUCCUACUUUGGCUACAAGGUGGACCUGGAGGAUCAUCCAUGUUUGGCCUUUUUGUUGAACAUGGACCAUAUGUUGUCCACAAGAAUCUCACAUUGUCUGAACGAAGCUUUCCUUGGACAUCUAAGUUUUCAGUGCUCUACAUUGACAACCCAGUUGGAACUGGCUUCAGUUUUACAGAUGAUGAGGCAGGAUAUACAGUGAACCAAGAUGAUGUAGGAAGAGAUUUGUAUAGUGCCCUCACUCAGUUUUUCCAGCUUUUUCCUGAUUAUCAGAAAAAUGACUUUUAUGCAACAGGAGAAUCCUAUGCAGGAAAGUAUGUGCCUGCCAUUGGCUACUAUAUUCAUACCCAUAACCCUACAGCAAAGAUAAAGAUCAACUUUAAGGGUAUUGCCAUUGGAGAUGGCCUCUGUGAUCCUGAAAUGAUGUUGGGUGGUUAUGCACAACUCUUGUACCAAAUUGGCUUGGUGGAUGACAAGCAGAGGGAGUUUGUCCAGCAGCAGACUGAUCUGGUAGCAAUCUACAUCCAGCAGAAGAAAUGGAGAGAAGCCUUUGAAGUGUUUGAUGUUCUGUUGAAUGGCGAUCAAAUUGAAACUCCCUCCUACUUUCAGAAUUGGACAGGAUGUAGCAACUACUACAACUUCAUGGACUGCCAGGAACCUGCAGAUCAGGAAUACUAUGGACAGCUGUUAUCCUUUCCAGAAGUAAGGAAAUCUAUCCAUGUUGGAAACCUGACCUUCCACAAUGGCUCUGCAGUUGAGAAACAUUUGCUUGAAGAUGUAAUGAAGACAAUAAAGCCAUGGCUGGCUAUCCUAAUGGACAACUACAGGGUUCUCUUAUACAGUGGGCAACUUGAUAUCAUUGUGGGAGCUCCACUGACGGAACGAUUUCUACCUACUGUGCCAUGGGCCAAGGUGGAAGAGUACAAGAAUGCUGAGAGAGUUGUAUGGAGAAUACAUGCUAGAGAUCCAGAUGUCGCUGGCUAUGUACGCCAAGCAGGAGAAUUCUAUCAGAUCAUUGUUCGAGGUGGAGGGCACAUCUUGCCAUAUGACCAGCCUGAGAGAUCUUUGGACAUGAUGGACAGGUUUAUAUCAGGGAAAGGAUGGAAACCUAAUAGAUACUGAAAAUACAGUUUCAACGUGAAUUCUCCACGAGAUUUCAGGGGCAUAAUAGAAGAACUAGCACUGUGCAUCAAUAAAGUCUUUUAAUUUUGUUUUAAGUUACAA